GUGAUGGAUUUCGAUACCGACCCUGUGGCAUGGCUGGCAGUGAGUAGCGUGGUAGUAGAGAGGCAUAGUCAGUGGGUAUUGGAACGUGUACGGGAUACCACUGUGUUUAUUAUAGCUUUUUUCUCGUCAGUUCGACUUCUACAGCUUCAAAACAACGUCAUACCAACCCAGGCAAAGCAAUGGCGGGUCUCAGCAUUCAACGUCUCAAAUCGUUGGAAACUGGUUUGAAGGCAAUUCAAGCCAUCCGUUCCAAGACUGCCAGUCGAACUGCUGUACAGCUUCUUAAGCCGAGUGUCCAGAUUCGGGCAGUGUCUUGUGCAACAUCGGUCGGUAACUCGUCGAUCGAUAAGAACAUCGUGUAUUCUCGUCACCAGGAUUUCGAUCUCCGCACUCAAACAGUAGUGCAGCGCUUUAUUGAACGAGCUUCCAUGUGGCCGAAUCUUACAGCUACGGAAUGCGGUUUGACUGGUCGCAAAUACACUUAUGGUCAAUUAAUCGUUUUGAUACGCCGUUUCGGCAGUGCUCUAGUUCGGAUGGGUUUUAAGAAAGGUGAAGUGUUUGGAAUGCUUCUUCCCAAUCUUCCGGAAUUUCCAAUUGUUUUACUCGGAGCGGCCGGUAUCGGAAUGCCCGUUACCACCGUGAAUCCUAUUUACACCGUCGAAGAAAUUGCGCGCCAAAUGCAACUUUCUGGCGCCACUGUCGUCGUGACUAUUCCGCAAUUGGCGGGAACUCUUCGCCAAGUGGCUCAACAGUGUCCAGAAAUACGCCGCCUCAUCAUAAUAGGACAACCUGAAGAAGGAUUUGCUACUUUUGGAGAAAUGUUGCAAGAUUCCGGUGAUCUUUACGACGAAAAUAUUAACGUUAAUCCAUCAGAAGACAUAUUUGCGCUCCCUUAUUCAAGCGGAACAACUGGUCUUCCCAAGGGUGUUAUGCUCACCGAUGCUAAUAUCACCGCUAACAUUCAACAACUGUUGCAUCCAACAGCAAUGAAACUUACUUCUCCACCACCGACUAGUAACGCAACCGACGAGCUUCAAGAGGUUUACGUUGUCAUUCUUCCGUUUUUCCACAUGUAUGGAAUGGUUGGCGUUAUGCUGACUGGUUUGGAUCUAGGAGCAAAGAUGGUUAUUCUACCUCGGUUUGAAGGAGAGUCCUACGUCAAUUCUCUACAUCAACAUCAUCCGUCAACACUUCAUCUUGUGCCUCCACUUGUGGCGUUUCUGGGACUUCGACCUGAUUUGAAACUGGAAGCCUUCCAGCGAUUGCAUACGGUCGCCAUUGGCGCCGCUCCGUUGGGCACAGCUGUUGCCACCAGAUUCGUCGAGCGUUUAGGAAGGCCUGAUCUCUUGAUGCAAGAAGGUUUCGGAAUGACUGAAACAACUUCUGCUUGUCAUUUAAGCCCAGUGAAGAAUAAUCAAAUCGGUUCGUUUGGUGAGCCGUUACCGCGGACCCAUGUAAAGGUUAUUGAUGUCGAUACCGGUGAAUCGCUUGGACCUGGACAACCCGGAGAAAUGUGUGUACAAGGCCCACAAAUGAUGAAAGGAUAUUUUAAAAACGAAAAAGCUACCAAAGAAACAUAUGACAGUGAAGGAUGGCUCCACACUGGAGAUAUGGUUUACUACAAUGAACAAAACCAGUUUUUUAUUGUCGAUCGCUUGAAAGAGCUUAUCAAAGUCAAGGGACUUCAGGUAUCACCUUCAGAGUUGGAAGAUGUUUUACGCCGCAUUCCUGGCGUUUUGGAUGUUGCAGUGAUCGGUGUUCCAGAUGAUAUUGCUGGUGAACUUCCUCGAGCUUAUGUUGUUAAAAAGGAAGGCACCCCGUUGUCCAAGGAAGAUAUUAUAGAAUUUGUUGAUGCAAAAGUUUCUCAUCAUAAAAGGUUGAAGGGUGGAGUUGUCUUCCUCGACGCUAUUCCCAAAACAAACACUGGCAAAAUUCUCCGCCGUGAACUAAAAAAAUUGCUAUAAUUUUACAGAGUUCUGAAUUUUAUGAAAAACUAAAGUUUUAAAAUUAAAGGCUGGUAAGGUAACGGGUAUUUUUUCUCAUGCUGUAAUUGCGAGUAGUUGUGAAACGAAUUUUAAUUGGAAUCUCAUGUCUUUCGCUUUCUAACGUCGGCAUUUAAAAAAAUGAAUAAAUCACAAUACAAUACGCAUACACAUAUUCAGAACCAA